UAUGCGUUUUUAUGCAGAUGUCGUGACCGGGCUUCCGUAACCACCGACACACCGACACUGACUUUUUAUCGAAAAUUUGAGCGCGCGAAAACAACUCGACCGCCGUGCCGCCGUCUCUACUACGCCGCAUAAACGCACCUCUUCGUUCUUCCGCUUGUCCCUCGUAUCUUUCGUGUUGUUGCGAUUCCACAACUUCGACAAGCAUCAUCGUAGUUUUUAUCGAGAACAAAGAGAACUUGAAGAAUCAAGGGCCUGGUGCCAUACAAGUUACAAGCGAUCGUCGUGGGAACUCCGGAAUCCUGGAAAUAUGACAGACGUGGAUCUACCGUUCAGAGUCGAGUACUCGAAAAGUAACAGAGCGAGCUGCAAAGUCUGCAAAAAUCCCAUAGCCAAGGAUGUCAUCCGAAUCGCCUGCGUCGUUCAGAGCCCCUUUCAUGAUGGCAAAAUGGAGAGAUGGCAUCACGAAAAAUGCUUUUUUCAAAAGCAAAGACCCAAAACAGAAGGUGACAUCGCUCACUUUGAUGGAAUCCGCUGGGAAGAUCAGGAACGUCUAAGAAAACAAAUUGCUGAGGCGUCGAAUGGUGGUACAGCAGCACCAGCCGCCUCGAGUAGCGGCAAGGGUCGUAAGCGCGGCAAAGCAGCAGCGGCCGGUGGAGCAAACAAAGACUUCAGAGUUGAGUACGCCAAGUCAAGCCGGUCGACAUGCUGCGGCUGUCAGGAAAAGAUCAUCAAGGAAGAGGUGCGAAUCUCCAAAAAGGACUUCGAGAGCGAAGAUGCCCGCAAGUAUGGUGGCUUAGACCGCUGGUAUCACGUCGAGUGUUUUGCCAAGUUAAGAUCGGAAUUGGGCUUCUUUGACACCGGUGCCAACAUCCUUGGUGCCGAUGCACUGACCGACGAAGAUAAAAAGACGCUCCUCAACGCGCUACCCAAAAUCAAGGAAGAAGACGGGCCUACCUCUGCUAAGAAGAUCAAAGAUGAGCCAAUAGACGAGAAGGAAGAGAAAGCUUUGCAAAAACAGAACAAGGAGUUCUUCAAGCUCAGGGACCAGCUGGAUGGUCUCACUAAAUCGAUUCAUACUCAAUUGCUUGAAUAUAAUGGUCAGCUUGUGCCUGUUGGUACAAUGGAGGUCAAAGAUGCCUUGACUGAUGCUAUGAUGUUUGGUGCUUUAGAGCCUUGCUCAAAGUGUGGUGGAAGUUUCAUGUAUCAAUCUAAUGUUGGCUACAAGUGUACUGGAAGUGUUAACGAAUGGGUUUUGUGCGAGAAUGUCACUCACAAUCCUAAGCGAAAGAAAUUUGUUGUGCCAGACAACUUGAAAGAAGAAAAUGCCUUCCUAGCUAAGUACAAGGGCAAGGUCAAACAGCGAUUAUUUAAAAAAGUAGCACCCUCAGUGUCUUUGGCUGUCAAAAAAGAAGAUGAGACAGAUGGUCCAAAGAUUCAAGGCAAACCCAAACCCUUGAAGCAUCUUGAUUUUGUCAUUACUCCUAAAACAAAGUUAAGUAAGGACCAUUUGAAGAAAGAAAUUUUAAUGCUUGGUGGCAACGUAAAGACCAAAGUGACGAGGGAAACAGCAGCCGUGAUUUCCACUCCGGAACAAGUUGAGAAAAUGCCCGUGGUUAUACAAGAUGCUCAGGAUUUCGAUAUUCACGUCGUAUCUGAAGACUUUGUUGAAGAAGCUAAGGAAUUCCAUGAUACGCCGUUCACUCUUAUAAAAAAAAAAUCUAUUGCUCCCUGGGGUGGUGAUGCACAGGCGCGCGUCUCAAAGUCUGUGGCUAUGAAAUCAGCCUCGGUGGGUAAAAGUAAAUACGUAAAAUCUAGCGGCACCGUCAAGUUGACAGUCAAAGGUGGCGGAGCCGUUGAUCCCGACAGCGGACUGUCCGACGUUGCUCACGUGUAUCAGAAAGGCAAUGAGAAAUUCACUACUGUGUUGGGAAUAACGGAUAUUCAGACGAAGAAAAAUAGUUUUUAUAAACUGCAAAUUCUUAAACAUGACAGUAGAAAAGAGUAUUGGCUGUUCCGCAGUUGGGGACGCAUUGGUACAACCAUUGGAGGAAACAAGGUGGACAAAUUAUCUUUAGAAGAAUGUAUUCAACAAUUCGAAGAUCUGUAUCAAGAGAAAUCCGGUAACAGUUGGUUAUUACGUGAUAAGUUUGUCAAAGUUCCUGGUAAAUUGUAUCCUAUCGAUAUUGAUGAUGGCACGACCGAAGACACUUUAGACUUGCUUGAGUCCAACGUAGAGAGUAAGCUAAAGAAGCCAGUACAAGAUUUGAUAAGACUGAUUUUCGAUGUGAAUACUAUGAAGAAAGCCAUGCUCGAGUAUGAGAUCGACAUGGAUAAGAUGCCCUUGGGCAAGAUUUCAAAAAAUCAAAUUCAGCAAGCUUACACAGUUCUUACAGACCUGCUGAAUCUUGUUAAGAGUGGAAGCACCGAAAGAGCGAAAUUUAUCGAGGGUUCGAAUAAAUUUUACACCUUCAUCCCCCACAACUUUGGCGUCAAUGAACCUACAAUCAUCGAAACUGAAAAAGAAAUUCAAACCAAAAGCGAAAUGCUCGAGUCCCUUCUCGAAAUGGAAAUCGCAUAUAAUCUCUUGCACACAAAGACAGAUUCCGAAAAGAAUGCACUGGAUGCUCAUUACGAGUUAUUGAAGACGGAUAUCGAUGUCCUAGACAAGGAGAGCGAGGAAUUCAAACUGAUCCAAAAGUACGUGACGAAUACCCAUGCCCAGACGCACACACAAUACGAUCUUAUCAUCGAGGAGGUGUUUGUGGUCAAGAGAGAGGGAGAAGAACGCAGAUACAAGCCAUUCAAGAAGUUGCACAACAGAAAGCUACUGUGGCACGGUUCCAGGGUCACAAAUUAUGCUGGUAUACUGUCCCAAGGUCUCAGAAUUGCGCCACCCGAGGCCCCAUGCACCGGUUACAUGUUUGGAAAAGGUAUCUACUUUGCGGAUAUGGUAUCAAAAUCCGCCAAUUAUUGUUGCACAAACACACAGAGCCCGACAGGUCUACUUUUACUUUGCGACGUCGCAUUGGGUAACAUGUACGAGUGUUAUCAUGCUGACUAUGUCACUAAGCUACCACACGGAACUCAUUCGACCUGGGGUCGUGGACAGACACAACCCGACCCAACUCAAUCCGUCAAACUGAAGAAAGGCGUGGAAGUGCCUUGUGGACCUGGAAUACCUGCGGAUCUUAAGCAGUCUUCAUCACUAUUGUACAACGAAUUCAUCGUUUAUGAUGUGGCUCAGGUUAAAGUUGACUAUCUUGUGAAAAUGAAUUUCAAGUAUAAGUACUAAAAAGCUGUUGCUGGUUUACGCUUUUUUUAUAACUCAUGUACUGUGCGUGUGUGUCAGAUAAUGUUAUUUAUUCUAUUAUUUUUUUUACAAAAGCGUUAUGAAAAUCAGUCUGUCACAUUUCAAUAAAUAAUAUUUGUGCUUGUACUGUGUA